AUGUGGAGUGAUACUGAAAUGUGUGAUGAUUGCUGUGGCCGCCAGUGCAAAAAAGAAAAAGGAGAGAGGGAGAAGUACACACACGAAAGAUUAGUGAAUGAACUGACACUACUUCUUGAACUACAUGACUUUCAGAACUUUUUAGGGAUGAAUGGAGAAUUAUUUGAUGAACUCGUUGCUUUGGUUACUCCUCAAAUUGAGAAAAAGAACACUGUAAUUCGCGAUGCUAUUCCUGCAAGUCAACGGUUAUCCAUAACCCUACGAUAUCUCGCAACCGGGAAAACAUUUGAAGAUAUGAAGUUUUUAACUGCUGUUUCACCCCAGUCAAUAGGCCUCAUAGAAACGUGCGCUGCUCUGAUCAACUGCCUCAAGGAAUACACUAAGUUACUAACUAUAGAACAAGAAUGGAAACAAAUUGUACAAGAUUUCGUUGAUCAUUUGAAUUUACCUAAUUGUCUGGACGCAGUCGAUGGGAAACAUGUAGCAAUAAGGAAACCCUACAAUUCCGGAUUACUUUACUUCAACUACAAACAAUUCCUCAGCAUUGUGAUGCUGGCAGUGGCAAAUGCGAACUAUGAGUUGAUCAUGGUUCAUACAGGAAUAAAUUGGCGAAGAUCAGACGGCGCUGUAAUCAGUUACACGAAGUUUGGGCAAGCGCUUGCAGAUAAUACACUGAGAAUACCUGAACCUGCACAACUGCCGAAUAGUCGGCAAAUGCCAUUCGCUUUCUUAGGAGAUGAAGCUUUCGGGAUGGAAGGUGAUGGAGGAAAUUUUACGAAACCCUACCCUCAAGCACGAUUAAAUUUGAAGAGAAGAAUUUUCAAUUAUCGAUUCAGUCGCGCUCGUCGUGUGAUCGAAAAUGCCUUUGGGGUUUUGGUCAGCCUAUUUGGUGUAUUACAGAACUCAUCAUAUCUGUCUCCAGAAAAGGCUCGAACAGUUGCAUUGGCAUGUUGUUAUUUACAACUUUUUAUGCAAACGUCAACCACGAGUUUGUCACUAGGAAUCACGUCAAUAGUGAGGAUUUGCGGGCUCAUGUGGUUACAAGGGAUCCUGGAGGGAUGUUGCCAAGGAGCUGACACCGGCUGCAGCCAAACAGUACCUUCAGAAACGCAACAACUAGUGCUAAAGUAG